UGUUGUGUAUUUUAUUUGAUUUAGUCUUUCUCUUCUUUAGGGGGUUUUUCCUGCUCAAACAGAAAAAGUGCAUGAAGACACUUUGGAGCCAAGAUGGAGGCCUGGCCAGCAGUGGCCUGGAUGCUUCUAAUGACCAGCAUUGCUGACUGGCUGAAAACUGUCCAAUCAAGGGACUUCACCAUGACGGACAUCAUCCUGCUGCAUCCCUCAACUACACCUCAUCCUGGUGGCUUCAAGUGCUUCACAUGUGAAGACGCUGCAGAUAACUACGAGUGUAAUCGCUGGGCCCCGGAUGUUUACUGUCCUAAAGAUGCCAAAUACUGUUACACUCGACAUACGAUGGAUACAAAUGGAGAGAGUGUGUCUGUGACCAAGAGGUGUGCGACGUCUCAGGACUGUCUGUACUCCGGCUGUGAUGACGUUCCCGAUAGCGCCGAGCGAGUGUGUUCGUCCUGCUGUGAGGGAAACAUCUGUAACGUUUUGGUGCCGAGGAAUCAGAGCAGCGCCGUUUUCUCCUCCACUUCUCACCUGGUCAGCUCCGGCAGACGACUUUUACCCACAAUGCUGAGCUGCGUCAUCAUUAGCCACAGCAUUUUCGCAGCUGUUUAAGGGGGGAAAUUCUGCAUUUUCAUCAAAACACAACUACAACAACAAAAAAAAAAAAGACAGUAUUUUGGGGUAAAUUAGAAAAAUGGUCACGUUAACUAAAUGCGGGGUUGUUAAGAUCAGUGGUCCUCAACGAGUCUAGGCUCAGAACCAACCACCACCUCCUUCAGGAAAAAUAGUCACUCAAAUUUCUGAUAUUUCACAACCAAUCAGAUGAAAAUACUGAAAAUUGUGCAGUUUUGACCUCAGAUGGUACAAAACUGAAUUUAACAAACAGUCUGUGGACCAUAUUUCCCCCCCCAGGCGACCCACUUUUGGGCCCCGACCCACCAGUUGAGAACCACUGGUUUAGAUC